GAAAAAUAAAAACCUGGGGGAACAAGAUGCCAUCCUGUAUGACUGUGUUGAAAGCCAUUGAGAUGAGAGGAAUAAUGCCACAUUAGCCACCCUCUCUCUGUAGCUCAUUUGUUGUACACAAAAAUAAUGUUUGCCAGACUUUUAAACCACAUCCUCUAUUUUGUAAAUAAUUUCAGAGACGAUAUUAAACAAAUUUGCAGGGGAUGUCACAGCAAAUCAGGUUUUAGUGCUGUGCUUUGGGUUGGAAGGAUAGAAGGCCUCUUAAGAAAGCUGAACCGCAUCGUGAAGAAGAGAGGAGGAAAAUGCAGUGCUGGCAAAGCUCCCUUCUGUUACUGGCCUGAGUCAAGCUCAAAUACAGCCUCAAAGCAGAAUGAGAGCAUUAUCGACUGGUAGAAGAGUUUUGUGCCAAGAAAAGAUUUUGUCACUCUUCUUGGACAGGAAUAAGUGUUGGGGUGGUAGGCUGGCUUAGUUGUAUUUCAGUUGCAGGAGGAUGUAUGUGAUAACUUCAUGAUUUGAUUGCUCUUUAUUGCUUGGAAGCAUUAGGUAAUCUCUUCCAUCACAUCAGCUUGCUGACUCUUACUUUGUCUGCUUUGAGCACCUUAUAACACAUGAUAUGUUUAGCAAUUUAAUCCCAAGUGUGGGGCUGGUGGAACCUUCCGAUGUUGACUGUCUUCCUGCAUUUUUCACAGCGACCCCAUGACAAAUGCAACACAUUCUUUUCCUUUUAGGGAGUUGAUGUCGAAGUGGUUAAACGUACGCCUUCCCCUUUCCUUUUUCUUAUCUUUCUGUUCUCAGCAUCUUGGCAAAUGAACCUGAUUUUGUCCUUUUAGCAGUUCAGAACAUCCCUGCUUAAUUCCCUGUUUAAUUGUUUAAGAGGAAGGAAGUGUUGCUCCUGCUGUGCUUCAAAAUGGCAAGAGGCAAGGGGGAUAAGGUGUAGGAUGGGAACCAAGGGAGGACCUUCUUAGCCACUUAAGUGGGCAUGGCGGACGGAGAAGAGAGUGGCGAUGCCCGAGUCCCCCCCGUCCGCCUUUGGGUGCGACGGACAGGCGUCUAUUGCGAUGAAAACCAGAAAACAUGGCUGGUAGCAUCCGAAGAGGUAGCAGGGACCCUGAAGGCUCGGAUCAGAAGAGUCCAGGUGCCCCUGGGAGAGGCGGUCCGCCCCAGCCGCCUCCCAGCCUCCCGGCUGCCCCACAUGUGGCAGCUUUCAGUGGGGCAGCAGUACAGGGAUAGUAACUCCCGCAUCUGGGACAUUGAACAUCAUUUAAUGAUCAUGGGAGUGGAGGAACUGCUCCUGAAACUCUUGGCAAGUAAUUAAAUCUGGAGCUGUUACUCCAGGAUGAUGUCCCCGUUUGUUUUUUCAUGGGGUAACUCCCGGCACUACCAUACAGCUGCCCUUAUGGCGAAGCGGGGCAG